AUGGCGUCUGUGUCAUCCGUUCCGCUGCACGACCUGGCUCCGCUACUCCUACGUCGCGAGCGGCAAUGCAGCGAUAUCGACGUGGACUUGCUGGCUGACGCUUUGCGUGGAGGUCGCGAGGUCAAUCGCCGUCGCAAAUUGAUGGUGGAGUUGGUGCGUCGUCAUCCAGUGCUGUCCCAGCGGAAUUCCAUGUUCCAGAACCACGAGCAACGCUGCGCUAAAGGCUUGAAGAAGGCUUAUCACUAUAUCAAGCUAGUGCAAGAUCAACGCAUCGACGACCCACGCGACCAGGAGGAAUUGUACGUGGCAUUGGGCGAGCGUUUGCCACUCGAAGUGCAUCGUGCCAUGUUCAUCCCGACGCUCGAGAACCAAGCGGACAAUGGGCAACAAGCCAAGUGGUUGCCGCUUGCUAGAGGCUACAAGAUUAUAGGUGCCUAUGCGCAAACGGAAUUGGGCCAUGGUUCCAAUGUGCAGGGCUUAGAAACCACGGCAGUGUACGACAAGGAGACGCAGACUUUCAUCCUCAACUCUCCAACGUUGACGAGUCGAAAAUGGUGGCCAGGAGGUCUAGGCAAGACCGCGACGCAUGCCAUUGUACAUGCCAAGCUACAGAUUGACGGAGACGACGAAGGUGUCCAGGCAUUCAUUGUGCAUUUAAGGUCAUUGGAGGACCACUCUCCUCUACCUGGGAUUGAGCUGGGGGAUAUCGGACCGAAGGUGGGUUUCAAGUCGCUGGACAACGGAUACGCAGUCUUCCGUAACGUGAGAAUCCCACGACGAAACAUGCUCAUGAAGUAUGCAAAAGUGCGGAAAGAUGGCACGUUCAUCAAGCCCAAGAACUCCAAACUGGUGUACUUGACCAUGACACAAGUUCGAGCUUAUUUGAUCUUAAAACUGAGCUUCGUUCUAGGAGCAGCGACGACGAUCACGACGCGAUUCAGCGCUGCUCGUGUGCAAGGAAAGAAAGCGACGAGCAGUGAUGACAUGAUCAAGGAGUAUCAGGUGUUGGACUACCAGAACCAACAGCACGUGCUUCUACCAUUGCUAUCACUGGCCUAUGCUGCCAAUUUCGCUGGUAGAGCGAUAACAGCACUGCAUGACGACACAUUGGACUUAGUGACGCGAGGUCACGGCUCUUUUACAACGCAAAUUGCAGAGAUCCACGCGAUAUCUUCUGGUUUGAAGGCGUUCCUGGCAGAUCGAGUGAAUGAUGGUAUCGAGCAAUGUCGUCGACUGUGUGGAGGUUCUGGCUUCCUGCAGUCUAGCAACUUGGCGCAUCUUCUUGCAGAGAACGUGGGUGCAUGCACAUUUGAAGGCACCUUCGACGUGCUGGUGCAACAACAUGCUCGUUAUCUCUUAAAGGCACAUGCUCGUCUACGUCGCAGUGAAGCAACUCGAGGAGAUUACGAAGAGACUCCCACCAGCUUCCUGCGCUUCACUGAGCUGUACAUUCGUCCUGGUCUUCGAUGCAAUGCUCAUCGUGCUGAAGACUUCGGAAAGCUCCACGUACUGACGGAUGCGUUCGAGGUACGAGCGGCUCGUUCGAUACAGCGACUUGCUGAGGCAAUGGCUUCAUCCGGAAACGACAGAAACGCGUGCAUGAUGCUCAUGACCACUGUCUCGACACAUCACGCUGAGCUGAUGUUACUCAAGUCUUUCGUCUCAGGUGUGUACGCUUUGCCCGCAGGGAAGACGAAGGCAGCGGUUGCGCAGCUCUGUCAGCUCUUUGGAGCGUCGCUGUUAGUGAGAGGACUGGGAGACUUCCGCCAGGACGACUAUUUCUCCCACGCUCAAGGGGGAAUGGUGCACCAGCAGCUACAAAAGUUGCUGAGUCCAGUGCGCCGUAAUGCUGUCCGACUGACGGAUGCCUGGGACUUUAGCGACUUUGAGCUCAACUCAACUAUCGGUCGCUACGACGGAGAUAUCUACCGUGCUCUAGUGGAACAAACAAAGCGCGAGCCUCUGAAUGCCUCCGAAGUGGUCGAUGAGUACGACAAGUAUCUGCGUCCCCUUAUCCAGUCAGCACUGUAG